GCCCACAAAGGAACUGUUGGUCCUAAUUGAUGCAAUUAGGAACAACAGUUCCUUUUUUGACGCGUUCCCAAUUGAGGACCACCACUCAAAAAGAACAAAAGUUCCUGUUUGCUACGGUUAAUAGACUUAAAAGGGAACGCCUGUUCCUAAGUGGUUAAAAGUAUAGGAACAGUGGGACCGAUUUGGCCUAAAUGGUGCCGUUUCUUUGCGAAAAGGAACAACAAAAGGGCCACAAUGGACCGAAGUGGGGUGUUCCCUUUUUCGAAAACAUGAACAAAAGUUCCGCAUCUAUGGUUUUGUUUCUCAAUCUCUAAAGAUAUGAUCUUUCAAAGCGAUGCCUAGACUCGCACAAGCUGUGCAAAAGCAAGGGCAUGCCGAGGCUUGCUUGGGCAUGCCAUUUUGGUUUAUCGUGCCCAACCAAUAGACUGCUGCCACUAUUUCGAGGCUGUCGCGUGGCAGUGAUUGAUUGGCUCUUUUCACUUAUUUGAUAGCAUUAAACAUGCGGUACGCCGCAUACGUUUCUCAUUCUCGCAUUAACCGUUGCUGACAAGAGAUGGUAAAGCAGGGUAAUGUGAUAAACUGGUCGCCUUUUCCAAAUGCUGCGAAGAAACCAAAAAGAAUGCACUUAGAAGAAGACGAAAAUGACGGGCUGUUUCAUUGCCCUGUACCAGACUGCCAUAACGAUGGGUUUGGAACUCAAAGAGGGUGUAGAAAACACGUCAAGAAAAAGCACCCAUGGUUUUAUUACUUUGAUGAGAAACCCAGCGACUCAGACAUCGAAGCUUCCCGAAGCCAAAUGGAAAAGGAGAAGGGGCAACGACGUUCAAGUAAUGGCGUCCCAUCGUUUGACAUGUCUUGCACGUUUGCUGAGCAAUUUACCGCGUGGCUCAAGGGCAGUGGUGGGGGCUGCAAAAGUGAUCGACAAGCGCAGCAACUGGUUAGCAAAUGCUUGAAGUUUCUGAAAUUUUGCAGCGAGGACGAGGAUCAUCUCACAUUAGAUAUUGUGGACUUUUGCUUGUGUUCGCCUAAUCUACUUUUCAAGUUUGCCGAUUCAAUGCAGAGCGAGUGGCAGUUGGGUCAUGCCGGUCGAAUCGGAUACCUGGACGCCAUUGCAGAACUAGUGGCCUACAGGAAAGUAAACGGAGUAUCGGAAGCGGUGCUUAGAGGGCUGUCUACGACGGACACAUACUUGAAAAAGGUGCGUAAGACCGUCUCAAAAAUGAUGCGACUACAGUGGACUAGCGAUUUAGACAUCGAUGUGCUAGAGGCCAAAGGGCACUGGGCAACCAUGGACGAGCUCCUUGGUGUGGUGUCUCGCUACUUGCCCCGCUACGAGGCCGUGCUGAGAACGUGCAAGGACACGCCCGACAGGGCGUCUCCGUUUGAUCUGUCGUUUGCCACUAAAUUUCUCGCCGUUUAUCUGUUUAUCCAAGUCAAGGGCUCGCGGCCAAUGACGUAUCAGUAUCUGACUGUGGACAUGGUGCGCACUGCCAAGACUAACGGAGGUUUUGUCGACCAGAAAAUGUUCAAAACAGCGGGCAAGUACGGCUUCGACUCGCUCCUUCUGACCGACACAAACAUGAGUGUGCUCGAGGGAUACAUAACCUACAUUCGCCCGCUACUCAAACCCAAGUGUGAGUACGUCCUAGUUACGAGAAACGGGGGUCAGCACAACAAGCUCGGUGAGCUGAUGAGCAAACUUGUGUUUGAAGCGACUGGCAAGUAUGUUCACCCCACACGAUACCGACAAAUCGUCGAGACGUCUAGCUGCAAAGUGCUAAAAAGUGCCGAUCGAAGCGCCAUCUCUGAAGAUCAGAAGCACAGCUCGAACGUCGCCAAAGUGCACUAUCGCAAGCAGCGUUCACGCGAAGUCGCCACAAAGGCGCGCGAAUGCCUCGAAAAACUACACGGCGACAGUGGCACCAAGCUGGACAAAGAAGUUCUAACGAGGCUCUCCGACCUUUCAAACUCUUCAGAGGAUCAAGACGACUGCACGAAGUCGUGCUCUUCAACGGACGAAGUUCAAGAAAUCUCCACACCGCCAGCAGCGAGAAUGAAGCCUUCAGCCCGAAAACUACCGGCAAAGCAGAAGCGCGAAGACGCUUUUUUGAUGACAGAACUGUGCCCGGCUCGCAGAAAAUCGCUCCUAUUUAUGCCCGAAGAGGACAAGUAUCUUAAAGUUGGUCUCAAAAGAUACGGGUUCGGACAGUGGACUUCGAUCUUAAGAGACCCCGACUUCCAUUUCCAAAAAGGGAGGAGCCCCAACUCGUUGCUCAAUCGAGCAAACAGAAAAUACACCACCAUAGAUAACCACUUAGACAGGAAAGGCUAGGUGGGACAUGAUGUACUUACAGUCAUUCUAAUUUUGGCGUUUCGACAUGUUUCUUUGUAUUUAGUAAAACUGAAUAUAUCACGCCACAAGAUCGGACUAACAAGCGUCUUACAAAGUGUGCAUUACGAAUACCCUUAAUUGUAUUUGUGUAGGUAAAAUACCUUUAAUCUCUUAAGUAAUCUUGACAAUUGGUAUCAUUACGUAGCGUUGUGCGUAUAUGCGGGCACACGACUUUAUUCAGACUUUAUGGCGACUUUGUUAUACAGAGUAUCAGGAAGAAUAUCGUGUUUACAGAACAUAAAAAAAGAUUACAUUUGGCUGAGAAAACCGUCCAGUCUUGUUUGCCUUUUGUCUGUCGGUUGCGGUUUACGAAACUUGAGUCGGUUGCGUCGCCCCUUUGGAGUCUGGGUGAGGGAACGGCGCUUGGCCAGUGUAGUGAAUGCCAUCAAUUCUAUCCCUGGUGAUUCCCAUCUGUUUGGUUUUGGGCUCCAUGAUGGGGUCUUUGGUAUCUAAAAUGGA